AUGAUGCAGUCUUUAGUAAAUACCCUGAAAUUUUCAUAUUCAAAAAUCAACAUACAACCAGUUCGUCAUCGGUAUUGGAAAGAUCAACAAGGCGCUCGGCCAUUAAUUAGACGAUAUGGUUAUAAUGAUGAUAAAAUUCUCCAGUCAGGGUUAUUGCCACGAUCAGCCGAUGAAAAAAAUAAAUUACCAAUGCCCAUAUACAGACCUAAAGAUGUUUGGAAUGAACGCAGAGCUCUUUUUGGACAAAAUGAUUACAUUGAUAUUUUAGGAGAUGAUUCUGUUCAUCCUGUCCGAGUACUAUACAAUGUACCAUCUUGGUUGAGAGGAGUAAAAGGCAAUGAAUUUCAAAUAUUAUUAAGAAAGAGAAAAAUGUUACAACAUGGUGUAUAUCCAUUGGCCAGACCAACAAAGUGGAGCCAAAUGCAGAAGAGAAUCAAAUAUUUGUAUACUUUCUUGAAUAGAAAAACUAGAACUGGAAUGGAAAAAUAA